AUUCAUGACUUAAGAAAGUAGUAAUAUCCAUAUGCUCUGUUACAAGUAAAAGCCCUGUAUUUAAAGUUUAACAUAACCUGCCACCAUGGUGCACAUUUUACUGUGAGGUUAACUGGAGUUUACCUAAUGAAAAAAGUCACUACUUUGAUAGAAAAACACAAGCAAAGUAAAUUCCCUUUCUCCAAAACAGCACAAGUCUACUAAACAGAAAAAUUCUCGGAGGGCUGAAGUCAUGAGGACCAGUGAGUUUGACUCCUCAUCUGAAGAAGAGGAGGUCGGGGAGGAGCAACUGAAUCCCUUCCACAUCUCCUGGUUACCUCUGUCCAUAGUGGAGUGCUCACAGUUUCUUGGGAUAUGUGCACUACCAGGUUGCAAAUACAGAGAUAUUCGCAGGAGUCUGCAAAGAGAUGUUGAGGAGCUCCAGAACCAGGGGGUGCAGGACGUGUUUGUUUUCUGCACCAGAGGGGAACUCAACAAGUACAGGGUUCCCUCACUGCUGGAGGUAUACCAGCAGCAAGGCUUCACAGUUCACCACAUGCCCUUCCCUGACGGAGACGCGCCUGAGCUGGAGCAGUGCUGCCAGAUCCUGGAGGAGCUGCAGGUCAGCCUCGAGAACAACAGGAGGACGGUGAUCCACUGUUACGGAGGCCUGGGACGCUCUGCAUUAAUCGCCGCCUGUCUGCUGCUUCAGUUCUCUAUAACAAUGACGGCAAACAAAGCCAUCGAAAUCCUCAGGGAGCACCGAGGAGGAGGAGCGAUACAGACAGUGAAGCAAUACAACUUCCUCCACGAGUUUCGGGAAAGGUACUCGGCGUACCAGGAGAGCAGACGGGUCUCUGCAGAGCGAUCGGUAUCGCGGUGAUCACUGCUCCGCUCCUCUUCUUCUGAACAUGCUGAGCUUUUCACACAAAACUGCUUCAUUUGUGUGUGUGCGUAUGAUAUAAUUGUACUCUCUGAUUGCACUUUAAAAGAAUACUUUUAUAGCUAUGUGUCCUUGUUAUCAAAUAAAUGACUUAAAAAUCA